GCUAAGAUGCAUUCAUCUCUUUUUUCCUGGUGAAGAUAAAAAAGAUGAUAUUGAUAACACAAGAAGAAUGCAGAAGUAGUAGUAGCAGUGUGUUUGGUUUCUCUCUCUUCUAAUUUUUCUCUCUUUCUAGGGUUUUCUAGUGUCUCUUGUGUUUUCACAAAUUUGGUUACAUUUGGGGACUCACCCAGAAAAAGAAGGUUCAGCAGGUGCCAAGAGAAGGAGAUUAAUAGUUUAGAAAAUAAUAAAGAAAUUAAUAAAUAGGAAAAGGGAAAUUUUUUGAGUGAGAGUGAGGAAUUGAAUAAACUAGCUUAGGUUGGGAAUUGAAAAUGGGGAGGGGAAGAGUGGAACUGAAAAGGAUAGAGAACAAGAUAAACAGGCAGGUUACUUUUGCUAAGAGGAGGAAUGGGCUUCUCAAGAAAGCCUAUGAGCUUUCUGUUCUCUGUGAUGCUGAGGUUGCUCUUAUCAUCUUCUCUAACCGUGGCAAGCUUUAUGAGUUUUGUAGCAGCUCUAGCAGCAUGCUCAAAACGCUUGAUAGGUACCAAAAGUGCAGCUAUGGUGCAGUAGAAGUCAACAAACCUGCCAAAGAGCUUGAGCAGAGCAGCUACCGUGAGUACUUGAAGCUGAAAGCAAGAUUUGAAUCUCUUCAAAGGACCCAGAGAAACCUUCUAGGUGAAGACUUGGGCCCCUUAAAUAGCAAAGAACUCGAGCAGCUUGAGCGGCAACUAGAUGCAUCUCUGAAGCAAGUGAGGUCCACAAAGACCCAAUUCAUGCUGGACCAGUUAGCUGAUCUUCAAAAUAAGGAGCACAUGUUAAUAGAAGCAAACAGAGCUUUGAACCUGAAGUUGGAAGAAAUCAACUCAAGCAACCAUUAUAGGCAAACAUGGGAAGCUGGUGAUCAAAGCAUGGCAUAUGGUAACCAGAAUGCUCCUUCUCAAAGCUUCUUCCAACCUUUGGAGUGCAAUCCCACAUUACAGAUAGGUACUGAUUACAGGUACAGUCCUGUAGCUUCAGAUCAGCUAAAUGCCACAACUCAACCUCAACAAGUGAAUGGUUUCAUUCCUGGAUGGAUGCUUUGAACUUAGCUCAGUGUUUGGCUUGCUACAUAAAUGCAAACAUCUAAGGCCAAAAACAGAUGUAUCUUUUUGACAAUGUGUAAAUGCUGCAUGUGCUUCUGUUAUUUGUUUUGGGACAAAAACAGCAGUGGCUGACUCUUAGAACUAUGGAUACCUUUAGCCAUAGACAUUUGGCAUAUAAGAAGUUAAUUUGUAGUACUUUGAAUAUCUUUGGAGGAGAACUUGUGAACGACCAGUCAGUUUCAUUUUUCUUCUUGAUUA